GAAGCUGACUUCCUGUCAAAGAUGGCGGCGACCUUGUGUGUGAAAUUACUACCUAAACAAGGAUGGCUCCCCCUGACUCAGAGCGUUCGACACGGCUCCAAAGCUGUGACCCGCCACAGGAAACCUAUGCACUUUCUCAAACAGAAGCUGAUGGCUGUCACAGAGUACAUUCCCCCGAAAGCGCCUGCUCCUCCGGGCGCUUACCCAGCUCCAACCAGAGUGGUUGAGGAGAGCGCCUUUGUGAGGCUGCUGAAGAGGAACCUGGAGAAGGUCUUCCAGGACUAUAAGAUGGUCGCUGUGGUCCAGAACAACGGCUGCAGCGCCAAUGACAUGAUCAUGCUCAAGAACAGAUUGCACAAACAUGACAUCCACGUCAAGUUCUUCUCCAACCAGGUGAUGUGCUCGUUUGUGAAGGAGAGCGUGUACAGCAACAUGGCUCCUCUGUUCAUCGGGCCCACCGUGCUGUUUGUCAGCAAAGAACCCAAGGCCAAGGAAUUGCUGGCGACGCUGCGUGUCAUCCCACAGAUGGUACUACUCGGAGCGUGCAUAGACGACACCUUGCUGAGCGUGCAGGGCGUGGCGCACUACUCCAAGCUGCCGUCGGUCAGCGUGGUCCAGGGCGAGCUGGUGGGCGGGCUGAGCGUGCUCACGUCCCACACCGCCUCCUUGCUGCAGCGACACCCCGCCCACCUGGCGGCGCUGCUACAGCAGUACGUCACGCAGCAGGACACAGAGGAAGCCACGUGAGGGGACAGAAUGGACACUUAUUAGGUGCAUUUUUUGGGGUGAGGGCGGAGUGUGCAGUUGUUCUUGUCAUGAUCAUCAGUAAUGUCAUCUUUGUUGGCAUUAAAAGGCUUUUGCUGCGACGCUCUGUUUUGCACCAGCUAAUGAAUAAAUUCUGCCUUUCAGCCACCUUUCUUCCAGCGAGGGCCGCAUCGUGCCAAAUGAAAGGAUCCAACUUUGCCACUUGGAUAUUUUGGCUGUUUUUUUCCCCAAAUAUUUAAAUUUUCUUCUCGUAA